GGAGUCGGAGAGCUCGACACUCGACGGAGUCAGUGUUCCCCAAGACAGUGAGGAGUGGAGGUGUUUGCGCCAAGCUCUUGGACCGUAAACUCUUUCCCUCCCUAAAACCUUUGCCGAGAAAUUUUCGCGUCAACUUUAGAACAAAGCUUUUCUUUGUCAAGCCUCGUGCUUUGCUUUUCCUUUUCUUUAACUGAUCGGUGAGGUGGUGUUGUUUAGUGAAGUGACUUUUGGAAAGGUGUUCGUUAUCGUGUGAAUUUUUCUUAGGAUAAAAAAAAAAGUUAUUUGAAGCUUCGUGUUGUGCUUUUAACGCGGGAGGAGAGAGAGAGAGAGGUGGAUUGGAAAGUCGUCGGCUUUUCAUCAGAUCUUUGCUGCACAAAACAGCAGGUUUUUAUUAUGUGAAGAAAGACGAUUUAUUAUGAAAUUGUACGUCUUUCUCGCUUAUACCCAGGGCACGCUGACCCCAGCAGAAGGCGUACUUUGUGAACCGGAGUGAGGAGAGGUUAAUUAAAACGGCUUUGGCCCAACCGAAAAACUUUUCGGAACUUUUAUUUAUUGUUCUGGUAGUGACAACUCAGUGUGAGAAAGUGCGGAUAUACUAGGGGAUUUUAUUGCCAUAUAAGAUGUACCAUCAUCUUAUGUGUGUGGGACAAGGAGAAUCGAAGGAAAUCGUUGCCGAUCUAGUAACUGUCGUUGCAUUUGGUGGGGCCGUAGCAACGCCAGCAUCGUUGCAUCUGUCUUUCGUGAAAAGGGAAGCAGUAGAAGCACAAGCAUUGGUUGUGGGACGUUAAAUGCAUUGGAGGAAUUACCAGAGGUGGGAGUUUGCUAUCUCUAGGAUAAAGAUGCAUUACAAGUUGCUUCUGUUGGCCAUCUUGCUCUUCAUUUCUCCUCAGGCCUUCAGCAAGAGGAAGGCCAGCGGCAGGAGAUGCCCAGGUGGUGUUGCCCGCGACAGUAGCGGGUCGUGCCCUGCCCCUCCGCUCUGCCCCGACAAGUGCCGGUGCUCCGAGAGCAUCGUUGACUGCAGGGACAAGGGACUCACUCACGUCCCUCUUCAUAUUCCCGACGACACUACCGAACUGCGACUGGAGCAAAACCAGAUACAAGAAGUACCUCAGCGCGCCUUCGCGCCCUUCAGGAAGCUCAGGCGCAUUGACUUGAGCAACAACCAGAUCACGACCAUCGCCGGCGACGCCUUUCAAGGACUGAAGUCAUUGGGAUCAUUAGUUCUCUACGGGAACAAGAUCAACGAGCUAGCUGCUGGGGUGUUCAACGGGCUGACUUCUCUGCAGUUGCUGCUGCUGAACGCCAACAAAAUCUCGUGCCUGAGGAAGGACGUCUUCUCUGACCUGCGCAGUCUGAAUCUACUGUCGCUCUAUGACAACAACAUCAAGACGAUCCAGAAUGGCACCUUUGACACACUCGCCAGUAUCCAGACUCUGCAUUUGGGCCGAAAUCCCUUCGUGUGCGAUUGCAGCCUUCAGUGGCUGUCGGAUUACCUCGUUGUGCAUCCCAUAGAGACAUCCGGGGCUCGAUGCGAAAACCCAAGGCGACUCCAGAGGCGCAAACUGACCGCCCUCCAUGACGAGAGGCUCAAAUGCACUGAUGAGACCGUGUCCCAGUACGCCGGUCAGUGUGUGACUGCAGAGGAGUGCCCAAGGGGAUGUACCUGCCGAGGAACCACUGUUGAUUGCACCGCUGGUGGCCUCACCCACCUGCCUGAUACAUUGCCACCCUACACUACUGAUCUACUUCUGUCUGAUAACGAAAUUCGGGAAGUUGGUGGCUUGGGCGCCCUGCGGCAGCUCUCCCGCCUCCGUCGGCUUGUGCUCUCCAACAACCACCUUCGACGUAUCACUAAGGGCUCCUUCCAAGGCAUAGAGUCUCUCCGCGAACUGGACCUCUCGGACAAUGACUUGUCAGAGGUGAACAGCCAUAUGUUUGAAGGACUGCCGCAGCUCACAGCUCUAUCUUUAGCCGACAAUGAGGUCACUUGCAUAUCUCCUGGAGCCUUCAGCCAGUUACCAGCUCUUACUGAAAUAAACCUAGAAGGAAAUCCCCUACACUGCAACUGCCAUUUGGGAUGGCUGGCCGAGUGGCUGAGGUCUCGCCGCAUCAGCACCGGCAUCCCCAAGUGCCAGGCGCCUCAUCGCUUGAGGAACAUUGCCAUCACCGAAAUCCCCAACUCGGAGUUUAUGUGUGAAGGAGAUGAACCAGGGUGUUUGGGUGUUGAAGAAAGCUGCCCGAGUGAAUGUCGUUGUGAGGGGACGGUUGUCAGGUGCUCAAGAGCUAGACUGAAGGAGAUUCCAGCUGGCAUACCAUCACAUACCACUGAAUUGUACCUGGAUGUUAAUGAAAUUACAGAAGUAGAUGCGGAAAGGCUCUCCCACCUUACGGCUCUUACCAGGCUAGAUCUUAGCAACAACCAGAUUGCUGUUCUGCAAAACAACACAUUUGCAAGUCUCCAUGAAUUGUCAACGUUGAUUGUGAGCUAUAACAAGUUGCAGUGCAUGCAGCGAGAUUCCCUGGCUGGUUUACGCAAACUUCGAAUUCUUUCUCUUCAUGGUAAUGACAUCUCCAAAAUUCCGGAUGGUGCUUUUAGGGACCUUGAUUAUAUUACACAUAUUGCCAUGGGAGCCAACCCGCUCUAUUGCGACUGUUCACUAGCGUGGUUCAGUGACUGGGUGAAAGGUGAUUAUGUGGAGCCUGGUAUUGCUCGCUGUGCCGAGCCUCCAACCAUGAGAGACAAACUCGUUCUCACCACACCUACAAACACUUUCAAGUGUGUGCAGAAAGUUCCGGAUGAGGUACUGGCAAAAUGUGACAUGUGCUAUAGUCACCCUUGUGAAAAUGAUGCUACAUGUCGACCUCUAGCUAAUCGCAGUUAUGAGUGCAUCUGUCCUCCAGCCUUUUAUGGUCCUAAUUGCCAAUACAAAAUAGAUGCUUGUUAUGGUAACCCAUGCAAGAACUUUGGCACAUGUAAGAUCCUUGAAGCUGGAAGGUUUGGCUGCCAUUGCCCCGCUGGAUUUGAAGGAGAUCGUUGUGAAGUGAAUAUUGAUGACUGUGUUGACAACAAAUGUGAAAAUAAUGCAACAUGUGUUGACCUUGUCCAGGAAUACAAAUGUCAGUGCCCUGCAGGCUACACAGGUGAUUAUUGUGAGCGUAAGAUUCCUUAUUGUAGCAAGGAGUUUAACCCAUGCAAAAAUGGAGCUACGUGUGUUGACCAUUUCACACAUUAUGAAUGUCAGUGUACCCUGGGAUAUGCUGGGGAAAAUUGCACUGAAAACAUUGAUGACUGUGCUAAUCACCUAUGUCAGAAUGGAGCUUCCUGUGUUGAUGGAGAGAAUGAGUACACCUGCAAGUGCAUAAAUGAUUAUACUGGAAAGUUCUGUGAAGUAGGACCGGCAGUGUUUCUACAGACUUCACCUUGCCAGCAGAAUGACUGUCAGAAUGGCAUCUGUUUUGUUCCACCCAAUUCAAAAGAUUAUGUUUGCAAGUGCUCUCCAGGAUUUUCAGGAAAGCACUGUGAAUAUCUUACAAGGGUACAUUUUGGCACCAAUAACUCUUUCCUAGCUCUAGAGCCAUUGAAGACUAGACCUGCAGCCAACAUAACAUUCCUUUUCCGCACAACUAGUCAAGAUGGUGUCAUACUUUACACAGGAGAGUCUGCCCACCUUGCCGUCGAGCUGUUCAAGGGACGUCUCAGGAUUUCCUUUGAUGUUGGAAAUCACCCAGUUUCCAACAUGUUCAGCUAUGAGAUUGUAAAUGAUGGUGGUUGGCACGUACUGGAGCUAAUAGUUGAGAAACAGAACUUUACUCUCUGCAUUGACCAUGGUACAGCACGUUCAAUUGUCAAUGAUGGUGUCAAUGAGUACUUGCAGCUUUCUGUGCCACUUUACAUUGGUGGUUUACCCAAGGAAGUAUCACAGGCUGCCAUGAAGAAGUGGCAUUUGAGAGAAACAGGAAGUUUUAAUGGGUGUAUUGAGCGCUUGUAUCUAAAUGGACGACUCACAGAUCUAGGGUCUGGUCAGCAACAUAAAGUAGCCCCAGGAUGUGGUGGAGAAGAGACUGUCAGGGAUCAGGGACUUAAACACCACCAUAACCGUGUGUCAAGCACUGUUGCUCUUCUGGAAGAGGAAAAAGCUUGUGGUGACAACUGCGUUGUUAACGAAGUACAGAUCCACCCACCAGCCUUGGAGGAAGCACACAGGAAGAAAGAAGUAGUAGAGGAUGAAGUUGAAAGGAGAGAUCCAUGUGAAAAUCACAAAUGCAGACGAGGAAGAUGCAAGGCCAAACGUGAGAAUAAUCGCCCUGACUACUACUGCCGCUGUCGUACUGGCUGGUCAGGCAGAUUUUGUGAUCAAGCUCCAUCUUGUCGUAAAGAGCAGUUCACCGAGUACUAUGUGGAGAAUGGUUGUCGGUCUCGCAAACCAAUCAAAAAUGCCAUAUGUAGUGGUACCUGUGGCUCCCACUGUUGCAAGCCAAGGAAGACCAAGCAACGAACUGUGCGUCUUAUCUGCAACGACGGUACUCGCUACUCUAAGCAAAUUGAAAUUAUCAGGAAAUGUCGUUGCUCCAGAAGAUGUUACUGAAAUCAAAAAUGAAGAGAAUCAAACUACUCUGCAAAAGAAAAGUGAAAACAUUUCUUUUAAUAACGUUCAAGAUUAUUUUGAUGUGUAAGUGAGACAAAGUGCUUGGUUUGGACGGUGAUGAUGAAGUAUUACUUGUUGUGUUCUGUAUACAAAGAAAGAGAACUUUGGGAACCCUGUUGAAAUGUUGGAGAUUUAUUCUAGAGAAGGAAGGUUAUCUCAUCUGAGUUUCUCAUCAUGUUAUUGAAGAUGUUUUUCCUUAUAAUACAUACCUCUCGAGAUUCACAAAACUCAUGGACAAAACCAGUGACUGUAAAUCUUUUUAUCUCAUCCUAAUUACAGAAUAUUUUUUAGAGAUAAUCAGACAGAUACAAUCUGGUACAGAAGGCUCUGAUAGGGAGAUGUAACUCCAAGGAAGCAAGUUGAUGUACAUCAUUGUUGUAACUUGUGAAUAAAAGGUGGACGUUGCAGCUUUAUAGAUGUGGUCAUUCAGAGUACGUACUACUACUGCCUCUCCUGCUACUUUUACUUCUAUUACUAGAGCUACUACAACUACAAGUGAAGUUCUGGGUAUUUGUGGGGCUGACGAGGGAUGCAAUUCUAGAUAUUUUGACAGAUGACUGCACUCCUGCAGUUGGCACUAAUAAAAAAGUACUGUGUAUACUUGUAUAAAACAAUCAAUUACAAGUACCUUAGUUCAAGUGUGCUACAACACUGAAUCAUGUUAUGAACAUUGAAAGCUGUCAAAAAUGUUUUAUCCAGAUCAAACAUGAGCAGUGCAGUUUAGGUAGCUUAUCUGCCUUUUUUGCAAGUCAGCAGUUCAAAAAGUGAAGUGCAAGUCACCUAAACACUAUACACAUCACUGAUGAUAUUGAAUUGCCAUUAAUGAAUUGUGUGUGUACAUUGUACUGCUUAAGUUAUAAAUCCACAGUACUUGCUCAUUCCAUUGAAAAUGGAGAGUACCAAGUGAACAAAAUAACUAACAUGCCCAUCGCAGCCACUACACCAGGUGUCAGAUGAGUUAGUUGAUUAAUUGCAUGUGUUAACUUUUGUGCUGAAUGACCACAUAGUAGAUAAUAUAUAUACAGUAUAUAUAAAUAAAACUAAACACUUUUCUCCCUGACUCUUUACCUCAUAUGCUGUUGUGUUUAUGGGCGUUGCAGCAUCAAAUAUGUGUCAUACAUCAAAAUAUUGAAUGUUUAUUGUAUGCAUAGAUAAUGUAACUCACAUGAACUUGUAACAAAUUUGAAAUAUAUUAAAAGAUACUUACAUAUGGACUGAUAUUCAUAAAUCAUUAUCGUAAGUUUCAGUAUGUAUAUAAUGACAAAUUUUAGCAUAGUUAAUAUUGAAUAAAUCUAUGAACUGUAAUAUUAAAGAUGAAGGCUUUAUUUACAUGUAAAGGAAGAUUGCAAUUAUUUUUGCAUCUAAGUUCUGACACUUAUUCUUUAUCCUUCUAAUACUUUUAUGUGUGCUAUUAAAUUAUUUUAUACUAACUGUCUUGUACAUUAGAAUCCUCAACUCAAAUUUUCUAAACCUAUUUGACAUUCAUAAUCCUUAUAUUUUGUACAGAUAAUUAGACUUAUAUGGUAGUCUGACAUAGUGGAGAGAUCCCAUACCUAUAGGAUAUAAGAAAAUGAUUAUGUGCUAACCUGUAAGACAUCUUUCAUAUUGUUAAACACCCAAUUAGACCAAAAUGGUUAUCAAAAGAUCUGUAGAUAUAAUCUUUUCUGUAUUUUUACAGCGCUCGAAUUAUGUAAACAAAUCAAAAGGUUGAUAUCAAGUAAUUUAAUUUAUUUUACAGUUCAUAUAUUUAGUAUUUCCAGUUAUAGUUAUUCAGACUCUUACUUUUAAUUUAAAAAUUGGUGAAACCACUCGGUAUGUGUAAUGGAAGAAGGUAUACAGUGGAUAUAAAGCAAAAUCUUUUGAGUCAUUCAUACCAAAUAGCUCUCCCAUACCACUCCAUACAGGAAACAGUUGGCUCACAAUACCUUUUUUAAACAAUAAAUAACAUUGUCCUGUUAUUUUGUAGAUUACAUAAUAUUUCUAGAAUUAAAAUCUCAUAAAGCUGACGUGUUAUGUGUGGAUAGUGAGGUGUUUUGAUCUAUAAAUAUUACUGGACGAAUAUACUGUACUAUACUGUACCUGUAAAAUAACAUGAACUUCAUUCAAUUAAUAUUUGCAUCAAGCAAAUCAGUGUGCCAUAUAUAGUAUCCCAGUAGGUGUUAGAAC